AUGGAGUCCAGGUGGGAGCACAAUUCUGUGUUCUCUCCCAGCCCUGUUCUCCCCAGUUGCCCUCCAAGAUUGUGUCCUUUAUCCUUUGGCGAAGGAGUUGAGUUUGACCCUUUACCACCAAAGGAAAUAAGGUACACGUCCUCAGUCAAAUACGACUCGGAGAAGCACUUCAUCGAUGACAUCUAUAUGCCGGUGGGCUUAAGCAUUUCUUCUUGCAGUCAGACGGUCAUCUGUGUCCCAAACUGCACAUGGCGCAAUUACAAAACGGAGGUCCAUUUCGAGCCCCGCAACAAGCCCCAGCGUUUCACCAGCACCACCAUCGUCUACCCGAAGCACGCCAAGACUGUGUACACCACCACGCUGGAUUACAACUGUCGUAAGACCACGCGGCGGUUCCUCUCCAGCAUAGAGCUUGAAACUUCGGAGUACCUUGGAAACGACUGUGUCCUGGAUGGUUGCUGACUGACGGCUGUCUCUCUUGCUCUGAUCCAUCCCAGUCCCAUCUAAUGUACUGUGCUAAGUCCACUAGCUAAAGCGGGUACAGACCCUCUUCCUCAGCUCUUAAUUCCUGCUUUAAGCCUCAGAAUGGCCUGAACGCGGUUUUCUGUGGGAACAUAACUUAGCAAGGAACUUGUUUCUUUGCCUUUAAAGUUGUGAGUUCCCUCCCUUUCCCCGCAGUGCAGUA